GCUAACACAACAUUAUUUCUGAGAUAUUUGAGCUUCAAGAUACAUUUUGGAGUCAAAUAUCUAUUAAAUAGAUUUACAUUCACCAGAAGAGAAUUAGUGCAUAAGAAUGCUAAUCACAAAAAAGAAUUUAAGCUCGAAAGUCACGCUCUUCUUUAUAAAUAUUGCAUGACCACCGUGCUAUAUCAGGCGCGGGGAAAGUUCUGCAAAAAUACGGCCUCUCACAGGCAACACCGGCCACCAAUCCCUUUCCCGUCGCGCAGUCACCUGACAGAUGAACGGAGUUGUUUAUAUGCGAUGUUGAACAAAACGCACGCGUGCAGUGAAGGUGUGUGUAGGGGACAGGAUGCGGUUGCUCUGCCAGCUCUGUGGCGUCGUGUGGGUCACAUUGAUUCUCACGUUCGGGAUCAUACUACUUCCAGCAUUGCUAGUGUCCAGAAAAUUACGUGAAAUGUACUUCGUCACUUCGCUUCGUGUCGGAAACAUCAUUUAUGCAGACGGCAUGGCUUCAGCACGGCGCGCUGCGCUCAAACCUCUGGAGUUCUUGGAGUCACGUGAUCCCGCGCUCCAGAAAGAAGGCGCCCUCCGGGUGCUAGAAAUUGGCGCGGGUUCAGGAGCCAACUUUGAGCACAUCACAAGAAAGAUUAAGUACACCAACGUGGAUCCCAAUCCAGAGUUCUGCAAUGUCUUCCUCAAAGAGCUCAAGCGCUACCCAAAGAUUGAAUUGGAACGCUUGGUUGAGUGCCACGGGGAAAACAUGAACGAGCUUGAGAAUGAACAAUUCGAUGUGGUUUUGUUCACAUAUCUCCUGUGCUCAGUUCAAGAUGGGAGGAGAGUUCUCGAGGAAGCAAAACGAGUACUUGUCAAGGGAGGCCAGCUGAUUUUCUUGGAGCAUGUCGCUCAUCCAGAACGGACAUGGCCAAGGCUCCUUCAAAGCCUUAUAACUCCACUAUGGAAGAUCACUUGUGCGAACUGUCAUCUUGACAGGGACUCCGCUAAGCUAAUAGAAAAUGCUGGAUUUUCUCAAGUCACCACUGAUUAUAUUUAUGUUGACAUGUGCACUAUAUUGAGUUAUCAAGUUUUUGGUGUCGCUAUUCCGUAAGACAUCAGAAUAGACAUAAUUGAUAUCCUGUACAGGUCAAGAACAAACUUCUCCUAAUGUCUCUGUGGUAAACAGAGAAAUCAAUUAAGGUUUCUAAACCUGGAGCAAACAAUCUACUUGCUAUUUGAGAUGAACUGUUUGAUAUGACAAACUGCUUGCGAUGAAAAAGACGCAAUUUUAUUGCAUGCGCUCAACGAAAUAUUGAAUGCGCUCUCUUUAUUUAUUCUUUCUAAUGUACCUACCAAUAGGCGUUUAAAUUCAUAGAUUGGUGAAGGGAUAAUGAAGGGCUUGCCUAACGAAUGUUCUGACCCGAAAUAUUAUUUUAUUAUAAUUUUUUCUCAUGAAAGUUUAAAAAAUAAAGAGACUAAAAGCUUCA